UCUCGGGUGGCCCGUCGCAUCCUCGCUCCUCGUCUCGCUGCUGUAUUCUUUCCUCGCCUCUCUCGCGCUCGCUCGACGGAGCGCACCCACCCACCAUGGCAAACCCACCGAGCACGGAUGCGGUGCUGGUCCCGCCGCAGCUAUUCCCCUCGACGCUCUUCGAUCUCAACCAUGCCAUCAUCUGGCAGUACCCCAUCAUUGCGGCUGAGGCGCUCAUCCUCUUCGAGGCGCUCCGCACCGUGCCCGCCGAGGCUCGCAUGUGGAUCCGCGCCAAGGGCCGCGGACGCCUCAACGCUGCAGAGCUCAUCUUCCUGACGAUCAAGUACGCGGCUAUCAUCGGCAUGACGCUGGACUGCGUGAUCCAGCUCACCCAGAUGCUGCCCUCGUCCAAGGCGUGCCACGACGCGAGCUGGGCCAGCGAGUUCUUCGUCUUCUUCGCCGUCACCUUCGUCUCGGCCGCGCUCGGCUGGCGUGCUCUGAUCAUCUUCCAGCGCUCCCGCACGGCACACGUCAUCCUCGUGCUCGGCUUCGCCGGUCAGAUUGCCGUCUCGUUCGCCACCUUCUGGAAGUCGGACAAGUACGACCUCCUGAUGUACGACCCGUCGGCGCACUACUGCGUGCAGAGCUCGGGCGACCUCAAGCCGUGGUACGAACUCACAUCGUUCUGGUACCUGCUGUACAGCCUGCUCUUCGACCUCUGCAUCGUCAGCUUCACAACGCGCCGGCUCUUGCGCUCCUCGCGCGGCCCGUCGGGCCUGGCUCGCAUCAGCCGCAUGCUCUUCCAGAACGGCAUCGAGUAUGCCAUCGCCGUCUGCUGCCUUAACUUCGCCGAGCUCAUGGUCGUCCUGACCGCUCGCACCAAGACGCCGUCGCUGCUGCACCUGACGAUCGUGAUCCAGAUCAUCUGCGCCAUGAACCUGCUCAUCGAGGAGCAGGACGCCGUGCACGGCCACGGCACGUCGAUGACCUCGAUGGCGCGCCCGCCGCCGCAGUACUCGCACGGGCCCUCGGUGCUGCCCACCGUCAGUGUCAUGACGAACAACAGCGACUUCCACCACGAGGUCAAGCGCACAAACCAGCGCUCGCCGCCCAAUUUCAGCACCUUCUCGCGCGGCUCGCGCAGCGGUGGUGCGCUGCCGCUGUACCCCGUCGGCCGUGCGCCUGACGACAUCUCGAUCAGCACCGAGGUCAUCGAGAAGUGCCCUCUGACGCCGGCCGCAGAUACUCUCGGCGGCUGCUCGUCCACGACCUCGUUCAACGGCGACCCCUUUCCGCACCUCCGCCGCGAAGCCGCACAGGCUGCUGCGAAGCCGAGCACCGACCUUGGUAGAGGCCUCUCGAUCCGUGACAUCCGCAACCGCAUCGGCUCUGAGGAGAUUCAGCAGGACGACGCGGCUCGCCACGGCAAGCGGGUCAGCGGUGCACCGAGCAUCCCGCCGCUCCGUUCGGCCUCGCCCAUGAGUGGACCUACGUCGGCCGAUGCCUGGCCGCUCGACAUGGGCCGCAUGUACAGCACGCCCGGCGACGGCGACAUCACGAGUGCCACGUACGCGCUGCGCUCCAUGUCGCCCGACGAGACGCAACCGUUCAGCGUGUCGCCGCGCCAGGACUCAAUUCCCGACGCCACGAGCCCGCACCGUGUGGAGCACGAAAUCAUGGCCGCCAGCGCCUCGCACCACCGCCGCCGCUUCUCGCUCGACGACAGCGAGGCCGAGGAGCAGCAGAGCAGCCGCGGCCACGGCUACGGCUACGGCGUCGAGCUCGACCCCGCACCACGCCGCCACCGCCGGCCCCGCACCAGCGACUCGGGCCGCUCGGCCACCAGCAGCAACGGGCCCUUCAUGACUGUGUCGCAGCGCAGCAUGGUUUUCGCCGCGAUGCGCAAUGCGACCGCCCACAACAGCCUGUAGUCUUCCAGCUCCGAGAGCCCCCGUGCUGCGCCGCCUUCGGCCCAGCCCCACCAUCCUUUCCCUCCCGCCUAUUGGUCCUACAGGCGCGAGCCGCCUACCCUACCGUUGUUCUUCCCGUUAACUUAGUGCCCUGCCUCAG